AGAGCUGUUGUUGGAGCUUCCGUCUCAGAAGAAAAUAAAGAGAGAGAGGAAGAAACAGUAGCCGAGUUUUGCGGGGGAAGGCAGAGAUGUGGGUGUUCUACUUGAUCUCGUUGCCUUUAACCCUAGGUAUGGUAAUUCUAACCCUGAGGUACUUCGCCGGACCCGAUGUGCCUCGUUACGUCCUCUUCACCGUCGCUUACGCCUGGUCUUGUUCCCUUUCCAUCAUCAUCCUCGUCCCGGCCGAUAUCUGGACGACAAUAUCCAGGCCUCCAGAUGCUCCUGAGCAUGGAAGCAUUUCUUUCUUUUGGAGCUUAUCUUAUUGGAGUACUUUUUUGCUUACUUGGGUUGUGGUGCCCCUUAUUCAGGGUUUUGAAGAUGCUGGAGACUUCACUGUGACAGAGAGAUUGAAGACUAGUGUGCAUGUCAACUUAGUUUUCUAUUUAAUUGUGGGAUCUGUUGGCCUUUUUGGACUUAUUCUUCUCAUCAUGAUGCAUAAGAAUUGGAGUGAUGAUAUUAUGGGAUUAGCUAUGGGCUUGUCGAAUGCUUUUGGGCUUGUUACUGGUGCAUUUCUUCUUGGCUUUGGCUUGAGUGAAAUUCCCAAGAGCAUUUGGAGAAAUGCAGAUUGGAUAACUCGCCAAAAAGUUCUUUCUCAUAAAAUAGCAAAAAUGGCUGUGAAACUUGAUGAAGCUCAUCAGGAACUUUCAAAUGCUAUUGUGGUUGCUCAAGCAACAUCCAAUCAGAUCUCCAAGCGUGAUCCUUUUAGACCCUACAUGGAUGUCAUUGAUAAUAUGCUGACUCAAAUGUUUAGGGAAGAUCCUUCCUUUAAGCCUCAAGGUGGUCGGUUGGGUGAAAAUGAUAUGGACUAUGAUACAGAUGAGAAAUCAAUGGCAACACUUAGGCGUCAUCUUCGACGAGCUCGAGAGGAAUAUUAUCGAUACAAAAGUGAGUAUAUGACCUAUGUCACAGAGGCCCUUGAACUGGAAGAUGCAAUAAAAAAUUAUGAGCGACGUGGUUCAACUGGAUGGAAAUACAUUUCAAGUUUCAGACUCAGUCGUUUUGGCAAAACUGGGGCACUCUUAGAUACAAUUGAAUUUAUAUGGCGAUGUAUCCUAAGAAAACAACUAGAUAAGGUCUUAGCUAUUAUACUUGGUAUCGUGUCAGUAGCAAUUCUUUUAGCUGAGGCAACUCUUCUACCUAGUGGAGUGGACCUGUCACUUUUCUCUAUCCUCAUAAAUUCUGUAAAACAUGAGGAGGUCCUUGUGCAGGUCUUUGCUUUUGUACCUCUGAUGUAUAUGUGCAUGUGCACAUAUUAUUCAUUGUUCAAGGCUGGAAUGCUAAUGUUUUACUCAUUAACACCACAGCAAACAAGCUCAGUCAACUUGCUUAUGAUCUGUUCGAUGGUUGCUCGUUAUGCCCCUCCAAUUUCAUACAACUUUCUUAAUCUCAUUAGCCUUGGUGAUAGGAGGAGAACUAUAUUUGAAAAGCGAAUGGGGACAAUAGAUUCUGCUGUUCCUUUCUUUGGAGAAGGAUUUAACAAUAUUUACCCACUGAUCAUGGUUAUAUAUACCUUAUUGGUUGCUGGCAAUUUCUUUGAUCGUGUGAUUAUUUUCUUUGGGAGCUGGACGAGAUUUAGAUUUCAAACUGAGGCAGAUGAUAUGGAUGGAUUUGAUCCAUCAGGAAUAAUUAUCCUACAAAAAGAACGAUCUUGGCUUGAGGAAGGUCGCAAGGUUGGAGAGCAUGUUAUCCCAUUAGCAAGAAAUUUCAAUAAUACUGACAGUGAGUCUGGCUACAACAGCACGGAUUGGACUGACGUAGAAAUGAAGGCAAGCACGGUCACUGAUGGCAAUGGAAGUACUUCAAAAACUAUAAGAGAAGAGGCUCGUGGAUCAUAUGUGACAAGAAAAGAAGCCAUUGGCAACAAGUAUGCUGACAUGAGAGAAAAGAGCAGACAAGCAUCCAAUUCAAAGCCAGUGCAGAAUGACAUAGCCUCCAUUAAGGUCUCCUUGCUAGAUGCCGGCAACGCAAACACUAGUAAUUACAAUGGACGGCAAUCCUCUGGUUUUGCUUCGACGUGGCAAUCGAUGAAAUCAGGUCUUCGAAGUUUCAAAGCAAACGUGACAAGCAAAAAGUUUCAUCCCAUACGCCAAAUUCAGGAAAAUAGAGCACUCUCUCGUUUUUACUCGUCUGAGUCCCUGGAUGGGAUAUUUCAGAGGUUGAAAGGGCCAUCUGUUGACGACCAUAGGGAUGAAGAUGACGAGGAUGAUGGAAAUGUGACAGCCACUUAGAGGCCCCGCUAGAUGAUGUUAGAUUCAUUAUGAGAGGUGGCUUGUUUAUGUUGUAAAUAUUGUGGUACACAAAAUGUACAGGUUCUGGGUAAGUUUGAUGGCUGACUCAAUACAGAAUUUUGAGCAUGUAAAUGAGUACUGGAAAGAUAUCUUAUACGCAAAGAAAAAGUAUCGGCCAACAUACAAAAUUUAGGCAAUAUCCUUGCUUGCUGAAUAUGGUUCUGCCUUAUAAUUAUUGAGA